CUGAGGGUGUAAACCAGUCUCAGGUGAGAGUCAUCAAUCAGAUUACGUUUUUACAAAACAAUUCAGAUGUUUGCAUAACCGUAACCAUGACAAAACUUUGCCUGUUGGGUGUUUGCCUGACUAUAAUUUGGGGCCUUGCUACGGCUCAGACUAGGGAUGACAUUGUCAAUAAUGUUGGUGGUUACCAGGUGGAGAGAGCACCAACUUACAUUAUAAUGGCCCCACGAAAAGUGCGCCCUAACCAGGUUUUCCAAGUGUUCUGCACCAUUUUACGUCUGGAGUAUUCUGAAAUCGAUCUUCGCAUUUCUAUAAAUAAAGAUAACACCGAGUUUGCGGAAGGGGUUCUAAAAUUUGACCAAGCGGGCAGCAGGAUUAUGCAGAUGCUUAUGCCAGCUAAUGCCCAGUUGGGUCGCUACACAAUCAAAGUUGAGGGAAUGUUGAAUGGUGGAGCUGGGGGAUAUGCAUUCUACAAUGAGACAGACAUUGCAUUUGAAUCAAAACAAGCAUCUGUCUUCAUACAGCUAAGUAAGCCAAUCUACAAGCAGGGACAAACAGUCCAUUUUCGGGUGAUUCCAAUUCUUCCUGAUAUGAUGCCGAUGUAUGGCAGUUUGACCAUCUAUGUUAAGGAUCCAACUGGUUUCCCAGUGAGACGAUGGCUUGGACUGCAGACAAAUGCUGGUGGGUUUGUCAGUCAGAACUUUUCCCUUUCUGACCAGCCUAACUAUGGUAAUUGGUCCAUACAAGUGGAUGCCUAUGGUUAUGAAUACAAAAAAUUUUUUCAAGUUGAAGAAUACUGGGAUCCCCGUUUUGAUCUGAAUGUAACUACUAAGCCGUAUAUCAUGGACAACAUGGAAUAUGUCAGAGGAACGUUAAUGGCAAAUAUAACAACUGGAAAGCCAGUGAUGGGUUCUGCCGACAUUCAGAUAACGUUGAUCCCACCUAAAAAUAUCUACCCAUAUGAUCAGUUCUAUGCCAUGAACGCCUACAGAGAUCCCUGGGACCACAGCAUUUAUCCUCGACUCUACAAGCACUAUGACUAUUUCAAAGGGAGAAUAGAUUUUGAGUUUAAGCGACAAGAUAUAUUAGAAGAAGUGCGACGUAAGUGGCCGUCUACAGACAACUUGAUUGGAUACGAAUGUGUGUUUAAUGUUAGUGCCAAGGACUGGUUCUUCAAUAUGACCCAGAAAGGUUUUGCAAGCACAAUUAUUUUCGAUCCAAACAUAAAGAUCAUGUUUAUUGGAGACAAUGUGAGGACAUUUAAACCAGACUCUAUCAUGACAGUCUAUGUGGCAGCAAUGUAUUAUGAUGGAACACCAGUGGUAAAUGAUUAUCGAAGAAUUCAGAUCACAAAAAGAUACAGUUUCAUAGAUGGUGGAACUACUGGAGGUAUCGAGAAUCAGCCAGACGAGAAACAAGUGGUAGCUGGCGUUGCUGCUUUUGAUGUUCCCAUACCUGCAGGAUGUUCCUCUGUUGAAGUUAUUGCAAAGUGGGACUAUGACAUCAGGACAACACAAACCUUGAAAGCUUCACGGUACUAUUCUCCGAGUAGAAGUUAUAUAUCUAUAAGUACAUCCACAGAAAGUCCCAAUGUGAAUGAAUUUAUGAUAUUCCAUGUGAAAACCAGUCACUUUGUUCCAAUGAUUUAUUAUCAGAUUGUAUCACAAGGAAACAUACUAAUUGGAGAGGAGUUAGAGAUGAUUUCACGUCACAAGACAUUCGCCGUGGCCCUUUCCAGACAGAUGGUUCCGACUGCACGUAUUGUUGUGUAUUUCCUGCAGACGUCACCAGAGGAAAUGGUCGUUGAUACACUGAACUUCUUUGUGAAUGGAACAAGAUCAAAUCCUGUGCAAGCUAUAAUCAACAAAGGGAAGGAUUUCACACUUCACUCUAUAGAAAUUAAUGCGAUUGCUGACCCAGGAUCCUAUGUUGCAUUUGCUGCCAUGCCAAAUGAUCUAUACAGUAAAGGAAUGAAUGACGGCUUGACAGAAAAUAACCUUAUAGAUGAGUUGGUUAGCUAUGAUGAACCGGCAAAAGGGAGCUACAAACAGUUAUGGAGACUCAGUGAUACAGAAUACGAGUACAAAUUCUACGCAUCCACAGGAUAUGGCAUUGAUGCAAACUCUACAUUCAGGCAUGCAGGACUCCUGGUUUUAUCAGAUGCUAACAUUCAUGAUAUACCUGAUGAGAACCACCAUAAACUUUUUACAGGUAACCUGGUUGAUCCACGCUACAUUGACAACAGAACAGUAAACAUGAUCUACAGAGUGAACAGAAAUUUGAGAUUCUAUGAGGACAGUGGCUUUGCCUGGCAGGAGAGAUUUGUGAAACCUGAUGGUAUGGUGCAGUUUCGUAUCAAACCACCCAAAUACCCUCUCACAUGGAUCAUUAAUGCUCUGUCUGUGAGUAGAGACAAAGGGCUGGGUCUUAUGCAGAGCCCAAUCAGGUAUGAUGCCACCCGGUAUAUGUAUAUCAUUGUUGAAGCACCAGAUUUGACAAUACGAGGAGAACAGAUCGGUAUAAGAGUGACAGUGUUCAAUUACUGGUAUGCUGAUGAUUAUAUUGAGGUAUUGGUGACAAUGAGGGAUGGUGAAAAUUACAAGUUUGUUUGGGUGGAUGAAAUGGGCAUCACAAGUGCGUAUGCACCCUUGACCAAGAGUGGUGAUCAUCAAACUAUAGUCUUUUUGGAACCAGGAGAAGCGAAGGAUAUUUUCAUGCCAAUUGUGCCGACUAUUGUUCAAGGUGAAAUUGAAUUCACAGUUGAUGCCUUUUGCUUUAUGGAGAGAGAUUCUGUCACUAAGAAAAUUAGAAUCAUGCCCGAUGGUGUUUUGAAUUAUUUCCACACACCAUACCUUAUUGACAUGAUUAAGUAUGGCUCUGAGACAAUUCCUCAGCUCCAGAUUAAUGUACCAGAUCAGUUUGUUGUACCAGAAGUAAGAAGUCACUUGUAUGUGCCAGGAUCUGGUGUCGCUCAAAUCAGCCUUUUUGGUGAUGUUGUGACCCCAGGGUUCAUCACAUAUUACAUGAAUUGUGAAGAUAUCUUCCGUAAGCCAUACGGUGCUGGAGAAAUGAAUAUGUUCAACUUUGCCUACAAUCUCCUUACCCUGAAGUUCAAAAAGGCUAAUCAACAACUGGACCCAGAUGUCCUAUCAAGAACUCUUGAUUACCUAAAUGUGGGUUUACAGCGUCAGCUCAGCUAUAUGAAGGAUGAUGGAUCAUUCAAGAUGUUCAGGGAUGAUGAAAACUCCACGAGUAUCUGGUUGACGGCUUUUGUUGCUAAAACACUACACGAGGCAAGGUUUGGAGAGUGGGAAAGGGACUUGUUCAUUCCUAAAGAACUCAUUGACAAAAUUGUUGUCUCUUUGUGUGAGACUCAGAAUGAAACUGGAGCAUGGUACCCUGAAGGCCAGAUCUAUGACAGGAAGUUUUCGUCACAGUCAGCAAAGGACCAGAUGAUGUUUGGACAUCCUGUACCACUCACAGCAUACGUUCUCAUUGCUUUGUACAAAAUUGAAACAGAUGUAUCAGGGGCGGCAUUGAGUUGUAUUGACAAGUCCAGACAGCUUGCAUCAGAAUAUCUGUCUAGAGAGGCUUUCAAGACACCCAAUAGAGAAGUGUUCCACUUAGCAAUAUCAGCUUAUGCAUUGUCUCUAAGUCAGCAGAAAAGUCGUACCAUUUUUGAUAAACUUUGGUCACUCAGAAACCAGUCAAACGAGGUCUAUUUCUCGGAUUCUCCAAUGCCAGAAAAUCCCUCAGAUUUUAUCAACACUGUGCGAUACUUGUUGCCAAGGACAGAGUUGAUGAAUGAUGGAUAUGCCGUUCAGUCAACAGCAUACGCUCUCAUGGCUCACAUCAAACACAAUGGUAUGGGUAUAGACACAGACACAAAGAUUCAGAGGGAUUCUAUGAUGAAAUGGCUGAACCACAUGAGAAAUUUCAUUGGUGGAUUUGCUUCUACACAGGACACACUGACAGCAAUGGAGGCAUUGUUUGAGUUUACACUGGUAGAUCCCAACAGGAAUGUGUUUGAGACCAUGAUCACAAUGGAAGCUUCCUCUACGCCAACAUGGGUGGAAACUGUUGCCAUGACGAAAAGUAAUUACACAGACAUUGCAAUCAGAUAUGUGCCUCAAGACUAUGUGUAUGGAUCUAUCAGAGUGAAUGCCCAGGGAGUGGGUAGAUCAAUGAUGCAGCUGACUACAACCGUCAAUGUAGAAUACAGAUUCUUGUUGAAGGAAACACAAGAUACAAUACAGUUCUUUGAACUGACAUCGGACUACAUUCGAUUUACUGGAAGAAACUCUUCGGUUAUGGUGAUGAAUCCAUGUGUUAGAUGGGUAUAUUUAGACAAGAGUUUACAGUCGGGCCUGACUGUUCUUGAAAUUGACGUACCCACCGGCUAUGUGGUGAUGAAUCACACACUUAGAGACUACGUAAAUUCUGGUGUUGUACCAAAUCUGAAAAGAGCUGAAUUCUACUACAGAAAAGUAGUUUUCUACUUCUCACAUGUGGACAACAGUAAAACGUGUGUAAACUUCCAGGCAGAUAGAUGGUAUCCCACAGCCAAUAUGACAAUCCAGCAUAGAAUGAGGGUCUAUGAUUAUUAUGAACCUGGUAUGCACAACACAACAUUCUACUCAACAUACAACAUGUUCAACCUCAACAUUUGUUAUGUGUGUGGAUCGUACCAGUGUCCGUACUGUCCAUACUUCAAUGUUGGCACAGUGAUAAAGGCAAGUUUCACGUGCAUAGCACUUAUUCUUGGAUUCAUUGCGAAGAAAUAUGCAUUACGGACAAGUUAGUGAAAGAUUCUUUGUGUCAGAUAUGCACAAUAAAGUCAAGUAAAGUUAAAUAUACUGUUGUAAAUAUGUAUUUCCAAAGGAUAGAUAAAAAGGUGUCCAAGUGUUACAGCUAAACAAGACGGUCUGUUUACUGUAUUCAAUACUUUGACAAGUGGGAACAUACUACACAGUGAAAUAUGCCACAGACUUACUUGGUGACACAAACAUUAGCGUUGUGAAAUAUUACAUAUCACAUUGUACAUGGUAUUCUAGAUUGUCUGGAUAUUAUUCUAGAGUUGUAAACUAUAGUGUUUUUAUACAUCUUGAAUACCUCUAGUUCUGUUUUUGUGCUUUUACAUUUUCAUACACCCAAAGUGGGCAUAUUACGUUAUGACGCCGGUGUCUGUCUGUCCACUAGAAAUUUUGAUGUGCAGAGCGCAUGUUUUGGAUGGCCUGCUUCAAGGUCAAUGUCACACUUAGGGGUCAAAGGUCACAUGACUUUGUUUCGUGUCCGCCCUGUAACUCUUGAACUGCUUGAAGGAUUUUAAAGAAACUUGGCACAAAUGUGCACCGCAUCGAGAUUACAUGCAGAGCACAUAUUUCGGAUGGCUCGCUUCAAAGUUACGCUUAGGCGUCAAAGGUAAUACCUUCGGGCGUAUAUUGCUUUGCAUUGCGGUACCCUUGUUUAUAACUUUUAAAGGUAAUGCUUAUAGCUAGUUUUUAUUACUGUUGAAAAGAUGAAAUCUUCAUUGUUUUAUAGAAUAAGAAUUACUAAUAAAUGAGGCUUGUGUGUUAACUGUACUUGUUUAUUUUCAGCAAAUAGUGCUUUAUUUCCAAUGCCAUCUUUUUUCAUUUAAAUGCUGCAAUAAUAAGUUUCUUUUAUUUUCAUUACCAUUUGAAUGUGAAACAUUUUUUUGUACUGAAAAGGUUUUCAAGUUCUUCAAAUUUUGUUGAACCAGCAUGACAGUUGUUUUUUUAACUGGGCUCUAAUAAAAAAAAUAUAUAGAUGCAUAGUGUAAAGUUUACUUUCAGUAACUUUUUUUAAGUUACAUAGAAACAUAAAUUAAGAAACAGAGAAAUUUUAUGGCAUCAGUAAGAGCAAGAAUUGUAAAAAAAACUAUAUUUUUAUGGGAUUUUGAGUCACAUUAUUUUAAUCUGUUGUAAUUUACAUAGUAAGGAUACAGUAGAGCAUUUGGUGUAAUCUACUGUUGAUUCUCAGAUAAAUGCUGCAUUUGCCUCCGAGAGUUUUCUGUAUUAGUCAAAGUAAUUUAACAUUGUAUACAUUUCAAAUAUGUAACAGUUAAAAAUGUUACCCUAUUGUUAUCUGUGAAGAUCUUACUUGUACAAAUGCAUUAUUAUAUAUGUAUAUUUUUCAAAUUUAAUUUUGUAUAUAUUUUUGCUACAUUCCAUUGUAUAUUACAUAUCAUUUUUACAUCUUUUUUAUCAAUAUAUAAUGCACAUAAUAUUACAUAUGUAGAUAGCCCUAUUUUUGUACAAUGUAAUCAGUUUUGUAUAUAAACAUUUUUCUACUUGUGUAACAUGUGUAAAGUCAUUUUAUUAACGCAAUUUUUAAACCAUUCCAUUUCAUACAUUAUACGUAUGAUAGAUGCCUCAGGUAUUGGUACAUAUCAGCUGAAACGUCUUUUUCUGGAAGCCAUCUUAAAUUCUUGCUCAUUAUAUGCACAUAAUUUGCUAUGGACUUGGGUCUGAUAUUUGGUGUAGAGACUAGUUACGCAAUUUAAGCAUAAAACCACUUUAUUAUCAUAAUGUCAUAUUAAUUGCAAGAAAGUAGAGAUAAGAUAUUUUAAAUAAAGGCAUUUAGAUAAUUUCCACAUUUUUCAAGGCCUCAAUAUUGGUAGAAACAUCGUUUUUGUGGUAACUUGCUAUUGUGUUCAAAGCUGGUCAAGAUUUUAAAGUAUAUAUCAAGCUCUUUGAAAAAAAGAUACAUAUUUGAAUAAAUUAAAUUGUGUUCUUACUUUGUAAGUUUGGACAAUGGUGAACAAAAAUGGUACGAAAGUUAUUACUUCCUGCAUUUUUUUGAAGAGAGGUAUUAAUCCUUUAGUCUCCUUUACUAAAAAGAUGAGAUGUACUAAGUGCAUGUACUACAUUAUAAUGUAGGAGUAGUGUACAUCAUGUUUUCUGUUAUAUUGCUCACAGAGUACCUGUAUCAUUAUGUAUCAAGGUAAAUCAUUAAUUGAUAUCAUUAAAUGAAUCUAUAAAAUA